AUGGCAGAUUUAGAGCGCGACGGGUUUGGCUUUCUGUACGAAAAUCGCGACCCAUGCAACGCCAUUGCGCUCUUACAACUUGGUGUGACGCUUGUAUCGUUCUUUUUUACUUACACGGUAUGGUGGUCGGGUCUAUUCGGCAUUAUCGUAGCCUCCAUUGGCUAUUACGGAUCCGUGCAGCCCGUUAUUCAGAGCAAAGUCAGCUUUAUCCAAUUUUACUACUUUGGCAAUUGCUUUAUGUUGAUGCUGCAAGCCAUUUCGGCUGUUAUGCUGUACCUCCUCAUUUUCAUCACGUACGUGGCAAUUCAACGCUCGUAUGCGUACCGAGCGGAGCUCAUGAGAAACCCUCCACCGGCAGAGAACGUAUAUGGAAAUUCGGACGGCACUAUGUAUACUGCUAUGGGAUCGGGUUACAAAGCUCCAAUGGCUCAAAUUAAAACCAUCUAA